UUCUGUGUUGAUAUGUUCGACAGAAAGGCGGGGCAGAAAUUGUGGUCAAUUUUCGCCUGAAUACGUGAAGAAAGUUGAAAUAUACGUAUAUUUUAUAGCUAUUUAAUUAUAUGUUCGAUACCUGUAAAUAUAUAUAAGAUGGAAGGUACUUUGCUAACGCCAACUGAGCAGCAGUUUUAUUCAGACUGGUUCAGCUCCUGCGAUCAAGAGAACUCCGGGAAAUUGAUGUGGCAUCAGGUUUCGAAGUUAUUUAUGUCAUCUCAGUUAAAUCAAGAUGUUUUACAGAAGAUAACUGAAUUAUGCGGUGCAAUCAGAGUUGGCCAUUUUGGGAGAAGUCAAUUUUUCCUGGCACUUAAACUAAUUGCUAUGGUUCAAAAUGGAUACCAAAUGCCAACAUCAAUCGAAGGCUUGUAUUCUGGUAUUGAUGUUCCGCUGCCAAAAUUUGCAACCUCACGAAGCAAUAUUGUUGACCAAGCUCAACCCAAAAAGGACAUUAAAACCAUAUCAGCGGAGGAUAAACCAGUGCAGCCAUCAUCAAACGAAAUGAGACAGAUGGAAUUUGUCAAUCCAGCGUUUAUGGACCACACUACAGAAUUUGAAGCCCCAGCAGAUAAAUCACAGAACAGGCAACCAGGGCAGUUUGGUGGCUUACCAGCACCUCCGAGUAAAAGUCAUGUAAGAAAUGCAAGUAGCGGAGGCCUACCUGGCAUGCUACAGACAAGGAUACCUGCUGCAACAGGCUCUGGCUCAAACGAAAAUUCACCAUCCACCACACCGCCUUUGCUAGAGGAAACCAAGGUAGUAUCACCCCGUAGCAAGACCAUGGACCGGAUGCCAAGUGUCCCCGCACCGGCCCACUGUGCUAGGAAGGUAGUUGACCGCCAAGCUAGCUUCCCUGUAAGACCAGAAGGGGGCUGGGCAAACUUUUCCCACCCACCUGUGGCUGCCGACAAUAUUGUAUCAGCUGAGGGUAUCCUCCCGGCAAAGGUGGACAACAGUCAAAAUGUCAUCUCUGAAAUUUCCGACGGCAUAAAAGACGCGGGUGAACAAAAUGGACAAGAGAAUGUGUGGCAGAUAUCAGAUGAACAAAGGCAAUAUUAUUCGGAUCAAUUCAGAACCCUUCAGCCAGAUCUAUCUGGUUUAAUCCAAGGAGCUGAAGCCAAACAAUUUUUUGAAAAAUCGAAAUUACCCACAACAGAGCUUUCUAAAAUAUGGCAACUUUCAGAUGUAAACAAAGAUGGCGCCCUCUGCCUAGAAGAAUUUUGCACUGCAAUGCAUUUGUCCGUUUUGAGGAAACACAAGUAUGAGUUACCUGACAAACUACCUCCGUGCUUAGUUCCAAAAAUGGACGAAGGCUUAGUAGAGGAUGUAGAGGAAGUUGAAGUUGUAAAGAGCGUAGCAACAACAAAAAAAGUUGCACCUGCACCCCCUGAUGUUACUAAUAGGAGCGUGACCCCUCCUGGUUUGGGUGUAGAUUCAUCCCCCAAGUCAAGAAUGAAAGCAGGAGAGAAUUGGGCCAAGUUUUCUGACUCACCAUUCCCCGGACCUUCACCUUCUACGGAAGGACCUGCCAACUUUGAUUUUGCUUCUAUCUCGCCAGAUCCAGAAAGUAAGAUUGUUCAACCAAUACCAUUGAAAUUGGCCCCUGAUGGCCAGACAUGUGCUAUCUUGCCAUCUGAUCCCCCCAGGGAUCGGAAAUAUUCAGAUCCAGGAUCUGUUACCACACCUGAUGAUGAGGAGCAUUUAAUACCAGCCAAACAGAGGUCGUCCACCUUGCCAGACUCAGCCGGUAACACGCCAGCAAGAAUAGCGCCACCACCACCAGUUGAAAGAAAAGCCUCAGCACCCACAAUUGACCUAGGAGAUAAUGCUAAAGGCCUCAUCUCUCGUCACAGGCCUAGACGAGGCUUACAAAGGUCUUAUUCGAGUGGAGGAAUACGAACCAAACACAUUCAACAACCAGCUGCCAUUGCGUACUUGAAGAGGGCCAAAUUCCAACAAAAACGUUACGAUAUGAAUAGACAAUCUUGGGAAGGUGCUCUAGAUAUUGAGUCGCAAAUAGAUUCCCAGUCCAUAAAUAAUGUUACGGAUAACAACACAAGUGGGGAAGCCCAUGCUGAGUCUGCUUUUACUGACUCAAAUUCCAAUGUUGAAACUAGACCAGACCCUAAGCAAGAACCUAGGCCCGAUCCACCUCGGCCACACCCUAAUCACGAUUUUAGGCCAAAUCCUAGGACAGAACCUAGUUCUCAAUUGCCACGUUCAGAUCCCGUCCCUGUCCCUACAGAAAUCGCCAGUCACAAUCCUCAAAAGAUGGCAGCUCAUUCCCAGCAGCCUACAAUACCCCCGGUACCACCUAAAGCUGCCCCUGUAAAGGUGCCCCCUCGAGUGACAACAGACUCCCAGAUUCGUAAGCAGAACAAGCCAGGCCUUGUUAGGUCUGCAACUGUAGGUCAUAGCGCUAGACCCAGUCAUGGUAAGUCAGCCAGUACUGGAGAUGCGGUAAUGUCCCCACCACAGAUACCCCCUAGGCCAACAGAGAACAAGAAGAAUUCUAUCUCAAGUCGAAAUAGUUCAAGUUUGUAUUCAUCCAGUGACUACAACAGCAGUAAUUCAUCUGAUGAAGAUAACAAUGAAGAGGAGCAAGAUGAUUAUGAUGAGGAGAAAGGGGAACCAAAGUCAUUGCACAAUUUUGCAGACUUCAGUCGAUUUGAUAAUGAAACGACUGACACGUCUAAACACAAUAAAUACACCAAAUCAAUGUCACUGGAUUAUAGGCUGAUGGGUCGUCAACAAAAGAUUCAAGACCAUGCAUUUCCACCGGUACCGCCACCAAGACCAGUAAUAACUGAAAUAAGAGACGCACUGCAAGGCAAUAAGCCACAAACUAUAGACACACCACCACACAAGGAACGGCAUGCAUCAGGGGAUGAUCUGCUGUCAACGAAGACAGAGGAUUAUGCAAAAGAGAGGACGAGGCACCAAUCUGCUCCUCUGCCUUUACAUGUUCAAGAUUUUAAAAGCUCUAGCCGGAAAAGUAUCCAAGAGAGGAUUAGGAAAGUAAAAGAAGAAAACACGAAACUGUCACGGUUAAACAUCGAACUGCAGCAGGAGCUCAAAGAACUUACGCAAGACAGAAUAGAUUUGGAGAUACAAAUAAACAAAUUAAAACCUUUCUCAACAAGUUAGCAAUCAUAAGAAAAUUGGGAAGAGAUUAUUUCUUAACACGAUCCAGGGUAAAUCAAAGAUAUAGGGUCUUGUUUUUAGCACAAUUUAUUCUCUGUUAGUCUUUCGCUGUAAAAAAAAUCCAUGUACCGAGUGAGAAUGCGGAAGCAGUGGUUGAGCCUAAAGUGGUGUAAUAUGACUGGUUGAAUUUACUGGAGUUGUUUAAGGCCUGUAACACUUAGUAUUUUCGUAUUAAGUAGGUAUAUUUGUCAGUGCUUUUCUCAAGAAGUUUCUGAUGGUUAUCUGUAAGCAAUAAGCAUAUUACUGCAAUUAUCCCCAGUUACAGAAAUCCUAGCCCCUUACAUCCUGGUUCUUUUGUGAUCUGUUAUUUGUAGGAGGAGCAGUUUAAGCAAGCAUGAGGUUUAUUAACUGCUCCUUGAUUCCCUUAUUUUAGUGGCUGAAUAAAUGUUGGAUUAAAAAAACAGCACAGUCCAAAUAUUUCAAAAACAAAGAAAUUACAAUCAAAUCUACGUCGGUGGUCUAUGAAUUACUUCAAAUGAAAAAUGACUAAAUUACUUUGAAAAAAAAAACCAAUUAAUAGUGAUGUUUAUAUACAAGGAUAGCAUAUAUUUUAAAAUAUUAAAAUAAAUAGAAUUUUUCAUAUACAUAAAUUUUCAAAUCACUAUGUUUCUUUUCAUUACAGUAUAUUCUGACAAUUUAUAUAUGAAUAACAUGUAAAAAACAUAUCCUUAAAUUGAAGCACUUGAAACCAAUCUUCUGUCAUAUUUGAAAAUCUACAUUUUUUUUAAAUGACUGAUAUUGCAUUGUGGGAUUGAAAUGGGUAUUUGAGCAAGUAUCCCAGGGUGCUUAGUUUGAAGAUAGGAUUGCACAUAGUAAAUAUGCCGCAUACAUAUUCAUAUAUUCAUACAUAUUCAUAUGUUGUUCCAUACUCCAUACCUCAUUAGGUGAUGACAUUGACAGAAAACCUAUAACUGCACUAUUCUGUGAUCUGUUCAGUUUUAUCAAUCUUAAAGCCACUGUCUCAUGACUUGUCAUUAUUUUUGGUUAAUCUGCUUUCAAACUUCGUCCUGUGGUAGACGUUUAGAAGUGUGCAAGAUCCUUUAGAUCCUUAACAGUUUAUAUUUACACAACAUAUGAAACAUUCCCUAAAAGCAUCAGUUUUCUUGCAUCCUUUUACUAACAAAUAUUUGUUCGUGAAAAUAGAACAAUCUGAACCAAUACUAGUCUGUCAGAAUUUAGUAAAACACAGACUAUUUUAGUAAUACACUACUACUAUGUACACUAGUGUUAUUGAAUAUAGAUUUUUAUUACACUGUUUUUCUUUAUGGGACAACAUAAAACCCUCACCAUAAAACUGUCAUUGUAAAUUGGUUUUCAUUAGGACAUUAAUACUCUGUGUAUAUUAGUUUGUGUUAUUGUGUACACAACUUUAGUUCAUCUAUAUCUAUAUUACAAGUGUAUUUAUUUCAAAGCUUGCAGGCAUUACUGUAUAGAGAACAAUGUAGAUAUCAAUUAAUAUUAAUAGUAUUAUUAUUGUCAUUAUCAUCAUCAUAGUUUUAAUAAAUUCCCAUUCAUUGGAAUAUUAAUAUCAAUGCAUUGAUGUUAUUAUUUAGAAAGUUCGAAUUCAAGACUAUCCCAAAACUGCAUAAUUAUAGUUGAAGGAACAUUAUUAAUAUUGUAGUUGAUAAAAUUUAUUCACAUUAUUUUCCCAUAAAUUCAGAUAUAUUUUAUAGUUUCAAUAGUGAAUUAUACAUUUUUUAUUUGAUAUUUAAAUAUCCACAUAACCCAUGUAGAAUUUAAUAUUAAUGUAUUACUGGUAAACAUGAUCAAUAAUCUCUUAUUUUAUCAAACCUGUUUACCAAAUGAGGUAAUACAAAUUCAUCAGAGUUGUGACCUUUUAGUUAAUGAAUUAUGCAUACUGGUUUAUUAAUGUCUUAUGAAUAUUCAUGAUGGUGGAUUAUAGUAUUUUUACUUCUUAAUGUAUUGAUACUAUGGUUAUAUAGUACUUCAGUUUUUCAUUGCUUUCAUUAAUAAGUACAGACACUAUAAUUACAUGAACAUAUUUAGUUAUUAUUGUGAUUAUUAUUAUUAGUAGUAGUAGUGUUAUUGUUGAUCAUAAUUAUUAUACUUGUUGAUUUUUACAAUUU